GGAUCAGGAGUAGACUAAGUCAAACUUCCAGCGGCUGGAGAUUUGUGCGCAACCUUUGAAGGAUCCAAGUCGUCAAGACCAGGGGAUGGAAACAUGGGAUCUAAUCUCAGUAGAGCCGAAAUGAGUCUAGUACACUAAUAAAACAGGUGUCUGUGGUGAUGUUGCCAUGUGCCAGCUGCCAUCUGCUCUUAUCCUUCUUUAUUCAGGACUGAUGUCCAGAUGGUGUGCCCCUCCAUGUGUGGUCCAGUUCAGCUCUCCCUGACCGUUUCAUGGGCCACAAACCGACCCAAGCAUCCACGGCCACUGCUUGACUCAACCCCACCGCGCACCACCCUUAACCCCUCACCCCUAACCUCCACCCUCAGCCCCCCACCUCCCUCUGCCUCACUCUCUGUCAAGCCUCUCCUCACAUUUUGACAAUCCUUGCCCUCCUUGAGCCCAACAUGGUGGCCAGCAUUCCCGCUCUAAUCUUCGUCAUGAUGUUUCGAGGCGUCUUGCUCUCUGUCGGAGACCCGCCUCAGUCCCGCCGGGAGAUCCGCAUCGAGGGAGAUCUGGUGCUCGGUGGUCUGUUCCCGGUGCACGAGAAAGGUGCUGGGAUGGAGGAGUGUGGGCGUGUGAACGAGGACAGAGGGAUCCAGAGGCUGGAGGCCAUGCUGUUUGCCAUUGACAGAAUCAAUAAGGACAGCACUUUGUUGCCUGGGGUGUCCCUCGGGGUCCACAUCCUGGACACCUGCUCCAGAGAUACCUAUGCACUGGAGCAGGCUCUGGAGUUUGUAAGAGCCUCCCUCACCAAGGUGGACGACACAGAGUUCAUCUGUCCAGACGGAUCUUACGCUCUGCAGGACGACAGCCCGCUUGCAAUCGCUGGAGUCAUAGGUGGAUCCUUCAGCAGCGUCUCCAUACAGGUUGCCAAUCUUCUCAGGCUCUUUCAGAUUCCUCAGAUAAGCUACGCUUCAACCAGUGCCAAGCUCAGUGAUAAGACCCGCUAUGAUUACUUCGCCCGCACGGUGCCCCCUGACUUCUACCAGGCCAAAGCUAUGGCCGAGAUCCUCCGGUUCUUCAACUGGACAUACGUGUCCACUGUGGCGUCGGAGGGGGAUUACGGCGAAACCGGUAUAGAGGCCUUCGAACAAGAGGCACGCAUGAGGAACAUCUGUAUCGCCACAUCAGAGAAAGUGGGACGUUCAAACGCUAAGAAGUCUUAUGAAGCUGUGAUCCGUCAGCUCCUCCAGAAACCCAAUGCCCGUGUGGCCGUCCUCUUCCUGCGCAGCGAUGAUGCCAGAGAGCUGCUGGCAGCUGCUGCUAGGCUUAACACCUCCUUCAUCUGGGUGGCCAGCGAUGGCUGGGGUGCACAGGAAAGCAUUACCAAGGGAAACGAGGUCACCGCUGAAGGCGCCAUCACACUGGAACUGGCAGCCAAUCCCGUGCCAGAAUUCAACCGCUACUUUCUCAGCUUGAACCCGGUCAAAAACCAUCGAAAUCCCUGGUACAGGGAAUUCUGGGAGCAGCGGUUCCAGUGCUCCUUAGGUGGUGGAGGGACAGGAGGAGUGGGAGGCGUUGGAAUGGGAGAGACGUCUCUCCCACUGUGUGACCUGGACUUGUCAAUGGACAAGAAUAGCUUUGAACCAGAGUCCAAGAUCAUGUUUGUGGUUAACGCGGUGUACGCCAUGGCUCAUGCCCUCCAUGAAAUGCAACGGAGCCUGUGCUUCAACACCACCAAGCUGUGCGAUAGCAUGAAGGCACUGGAUGGGCGCAGACUCUACAGGGAUUACAUCCUUAAUGUCAGCUUCACAGCCCCUUUCGCUCCCCCAGGCGUUGAGACAGUAGUGAAGUUUGAUUCCCAGGGGGACGGCAUGGGCCGUUACAACAUCUUCAGCUACCAGCGCAUUGCCGAUCGUUACAGUUACGUGCCAGUAGGUGAAUGGGCAGAGAGUCUGAGUCUGAGCAGCGACCUGAUCCGCUGGCCCAGAGAAGUGGUGCCCACCUCACAGUGCAGUGACCCCUGUGAACGCAAUGAGAUGAAGAAAAUGCAGGCAGGUGAAUACUGCUGCUGGAUCUGCACAGCCUGUGAGCCUCAUGAAUACCUGGCUGAUGAGUUCACCUGCUCGCCCUGUGCUCCUGGUCAGUGGCCCACUCAUGACCUGACGGCCUGUUACGACCUUCCUGAGGACUAUAUCAUGUGGGAGGAUGCCUGGGCCAUUGGUCCAAUUACCAUUGCCUGUGUAGGGUUCAUGUGCACCGGUCUGGUGUUCUGGGUGUUUAUCCGACACAACCACACACCGCUAGUGAAAGCUUCAGGCAGAGAGCUUUGUUACAUCCUUCUCUCGGGAGUCUUCAUGUCCUACGCCAUGACUUUCCUCUUCUUGGCCAAACCUUCUCCUGCCAUCUGUGCCCUGCGGCGCCUCGGCCUGGGUACGUCGUUCGCUGUCUGCUACUCCGCCCUCCUCACCAAAACCAACAGAAUCGCCAGGAUUUUCAAUGGCGUGAAAGACGGAGCGGGAGCAGUGAGGCCACGCUUCAUUAGCCCGUCUUCUCAGGUGUUUAUCUGUCUGAGUUUAAUCUCCGUCCAGUUAGUAAUGGUGUCAGUGUGGCUACUGCUGGAAGUUCCCGGGACACGGCGCUUCACGUUGCCAGAGCGACGACAGACCGUCAUUCUCAAGUGUAACGUACGCGACUCUAGCAUGCUGCUCUCGCUGGGAUAUGACGUGCUCCUGGUCAUCCUGUGUACUGUGUAUGCCUUCAAGACCAGGAAGUGCCCUGAGAACUUCAACGAGGCCAAGUUUAUUGGAUUCACCAUGUACACCACCUGUAUUAUUUGGCUGGCCUUUCUUCCCAUCUUCUAUGUUACAUCCAGCGACUACAGGGUUCAGACCACUACCAUGUGUAUCUCAGUCAGCCUGAGUGGCUUUGUGGUCCUGGGCUGUAUGUUUGCUCCCAAGGUCCAUAUCAUCAUGUUCCAGCCGCAGAAGAAUGUGACUAGCCACAGGCUUAACCUCAAUCGCUUCAGUGUCAGUGGGGCUGCCACCACGUACGCAUCACACGCUUCUGUCAGCGCCCACCACGUCCCAACCGUGUGCAACGGGAGAGAAAUUGUCGACUCCACUACUUCCUCUCUGUGACCACAUCCAGUCCACUCUCUAAAUCUGCCCCUGCGACUGUUAGCCAAUCCAUGAACAUUAUCCCCCUCGACCAUCAUUCCCCGCCUCAUAUACACACACACACACUGAACACACUCAAACAACGCACACAUAUACAUAUGUACGCACACACACAAAUACACGCACAAACAAACAACCUUCCUUGUGGACUAGAACUGUAUUGUUUCAAAAAUGUAGAAAGUGUGUAACUAUAAUUAAAUUAUUUUCUAGGGAUGUACAUACAUGGAAUCGACAUUGUUGUAAGUAGAGAAACAAAAGAACAAAAAAAGUUUUUAGGAGGAAUUUUUGGAGCCUUUGUUUUUGAUAGCUUUGUUAUGAUGCGGUGUAAAUAGACAUGCGCUUAAUCAUAGUAGGAGGGUGUGUGUCCCUCAGUCUGGAUGCACAUUUGUGGCUCUGCUUGCCCUCACCUGCAAUACCCCACAGACUUUUUAUUCUCAUGCUUUUUUGUAGGUCUCAUUGUAAUAACCAAUUAUGUAUGCAUUUCUAUUGUGUAUCUGUACAUUUGUAUAUUAUACUACUGAUGGUUCAAACAGCACAAUGUUGACAGUCUUGUAACCCUAGGAUGAAUGUGCACAAAAAGCAUAAACUGGAGGGUAGAGGACGGCUGUAACAGACAUGUACAAAAAAUCCACCAAACUCGUUACUGUUACACUGUGCCACAACGCAAUUUUCAGUUUGAGAACUCAUCUCUUCACACCUUGAUAGAUUUGCUUUUCAACAGUACAAAGAACCCAUUGUGGCUGUUUUUUUUUGCAGGAAAAUUAUGUUUUGCUUUUGAUAUAAAUGUUCAUUUUUUUUCUAUUUCUAAUCAUGGAAUCCCUUUAUCUGAACGGCCAUAGUUCCAGACAUGUGUUCACCAAGGCAACAGUAUGCUCACUCCCACACUCAAACUGCCUCUUUCUUCCAAGGAUCGCUGUAAUGGAUUGCUAAUAACAACUAAUAGCAGGGCUGAAAAGAUACAGUACAUCAAAUGUGUUUCUUUUGCCUCAAAACUGUCAACACAGACAGUGCUGCGAUAGAUCUGUCAACAGACACAAAUUGGUGUCUUACCCGGUAAUUAUGAAAUCGUGCUCAAAUGACUCAAACACUAAUGGAGGGAAGCUGUCUGCUUUGCUGAGCACAUGUUGAAUUUUUCCAACUUACAGGGGAGUGGUAGCUUCUGUUUUUCGUGCCCCGUAAAUACAGUACGUGGAUGUUUUGAAUAUGGCUAUGUGCCUUAAUGUAGUUUGAUAGGUUAAAAAGAGAUCAGUUUUACAUUACCAGCUGCAGAUCCUUGUUUGGUAAAUGUAAAAGUGACCCCAGCGUAGGGAACAUGUUUCAGGGCAACACAACGCCAGUUAGUUUUAUUCCUUAUCAAGCCUUCUGUCAUUGAUUGUUUACCUGGAGUGAUGAAAACGUGACGAAUCUUUAGGUUGAAAUGGCUUUCUCUACCCCCUAUCCCUCUCCAGUCUGUGAUUAAAAGAAAAACAUGAAAUGGAUGUUUCUGACAGACGCCCAUCACGCUGAUUUCACUUUGCAUUUUUUAUAGCUUAGCGGCUCUAAUAAAGGAAGGAAGGGGGAGAGAAAAAGCUCAUAUACUAUUAAGAUGAAGCCAUUGACUCGUCGACUUAUUGAAGUGUGCGGUUUACAUGUCUGUGUUAAAUGUGUUGAUGUUGAGAGGCACAGUGGAGCAGCUGGCUCCGGCAGUCCCAGAGAGGCUCACGAGAGGAAGCAGAGCACACAAUGUCAGCUGCUGGCAGAUCCCGUCAUCUGACAAAGGGAUGUUAGAGUAGAACUCAUAUGCAGAACAUACAUAACGUUUAUCAAAAACACCCCAUCAAACUCUCUGUUUGUGGCUGGAAAUGAGACACUGGGUGACACUAAUGAGGUGGAGGGGGAUAAAUGACAGAAAUAUGAAUAAAGUUUUUUUUAUAAGAAAGUCUAAAUAGCCUAAAUUAGUGGACUAAUUUAGCACUACGCAUAUUUUAUUUUAAAGAGUGGCCUCUCAUGCCAGAAUGUAUUGCAUUUAGGAUGAUAGUAAAUUAUUAAUAAACUGAUCUUAAUAUAUGCUGUCUAAAAUAAAGUGUGACUGUUAUACUUGAUAUUUCUAACAAAAUAUGUGAUCAGAAUCACUUAUUUGUUUCCCCAGACAAGCAUUUUUAUUGUGCUUUCUCCAUGUUAAAAUUCACACAGCAGAUAAAGGCAGAACUGUUGAACACUC